AUGGAUUCUCUUUUUUUUUUUUUAUUAUUAUUAUUAGGUUCACAACGCCGAGCUAGCUGGAUUAACCCACCAAGUACAACUUCUUCUAAUCAUGCAACAGCAAGUUUUGAAAAUAAGGAGACAGAUGAUACGAUUAUUCAUGAUAAGAGUAAUGUUUUAUUGAUUGGACCCACUGGAUCAGGCAAAACUUUAUUGGCUCGUACUUUGGCACAAAUACUUGAAGUCCCAUUUUCAGCAAUUAGCAGUGAUGCCACACCAUUCACUCAAGCUGGUUAUGUUGGGGAAGAUGUUGAAUUAGUGAUUCAUCGAUUAUUACAGGCAUGCGAUUAUGACGUCAAACGUGCUGAAAUGGGGAUUGUAUUUAUUGAUGAAAUCGACAAAAUCUCUCGUCGAUCUGACUCAGGAACGGGGUCGCGUGAUGUCUCUGGAGAAGGUGUACAGCAGUCUUUGUUGCGUAUGUUAGAAGGAACGGUGGUAAAUAUUGUUGAUAAAACAGGUAAUGCGCCUAGUCAUCGUCGUGGCAAUGGAAAUGGAGGCAAUGUUCCUCUGGGUGGUAAUGGAAAUGGACCUGCAGCCAAUGGAGCAAAAGGUGAAUCUUACUUUGUGGAUACAAGCAACAUUCUCUUUAUUCUUAGUGGUGCCUUUAUUGGAUUGGAUAAGAUGGUGAAGGAUCGUAUUGCAAAAGGAAGUAUUGGUUUUGAUGCUGUGCUUCGAUCUACAAAUGAUGAUGAUGUUAUUAUUCAAGAUGAUAAAUCCUCCUCACAACCUCUUGAUUUAGUGGAACCAGCAGAUUUUGUUCAAUAUGGAUUGAUUCCUGAAUUUGUGGGUCGAUUACCAGUGGUGGCGAAUGUGAAUAGUCUUUCCAAAGCCGACUUGGUGAGUGUGUUGACGGAACCGAAAAACUCUCUUUUGAAGCAAUAUGAAGGAUUAUUCAAAUUAAGUCAGGUUGAUCUUAGAUUUAGUCAAGCGGCGUUACACAAGAUUGCAGAAAUGGCAUUGGAGAAAAAGACGGGCGCACGGGGACUUCGACGCAUUAUGGAAAAUGUAUUAUUGGAUCCUAUGUUUGAUGCACCAGGUAGUAACAUCAACCAAGUGGUGAUUGAUCGUGAUGUAGUGGAAAAACGUAAACCAGCUUUAUACCUUCGACAUGGACAACAACAUUUAGGUGACAAAAUGAUAGCUGAUGAUGAUGAUGGUUCCUUGAACACAUCCACCGCUUCUUCAAAUGUGGCCGUUCGACAACAAAUAUCUCAACAACAAAUUUGA